AUGAGACCUCAAAGCCUCCACUUCUUUCACGCAGCAGCCCAGGUUUUAGGCUCCAUUUGUCUGACUCCUGCCCCUCCUUCUGUCGACUGUUUCACCCCUCUCUGCAAUUUCCCAUCAACCGAGGCCGGCUUUGAGUCUUACGCUUGUUCCCUCACGUUUCGCCAUUCUCAUUUCACUCGACCAGACCGUCCUUUGAGGGCGGCCUCUGGUCUCCCAUUUGCAGGAGCCGGCUUCAACAUAAACAAGCCAUCAGCCGGACGACUGUGUGCCUCCAUCGGUCCGUCUCACCUCACGUUUCGGCGCGGUCUGGAGAGUACGUUCGAGUUGGGAUAA